AUGUCAUCGAUCGAGCAUUACCAGAAACUAAAGAGGAACGUGUUUGUAAUCCCAUCACGGCCGCUAUUAUACACACCUCCCGAUUCGCCAAUCCAUGCAACCGUUGAGGUUUCGGAUUUCUUGAGAAUCUCAUGGAGUCUCCUCAACACUUCAGCUCCCUCGUCUAGAGCGUCCGCAUCGAUUUUCCGUACCUGGGCCGAGAGGGUACGUGUGGUGGGUGAUCACGUCGAGUGUUCCGUUAGUUUUGGGUACGUAGCGAUCGAACCAGUUAGGUUCGAAUAUUGCUCCGGGAGCAAUGACCAACGGCUUAUCACGUGA